GGCUCGGUUUGAAACCGGAGCUGCGACCGCCGCCGGCCCCCAUAGGCUGGCCGGGGAAACUUGACAUUGUCUCAGGGCUCCCCCCAGCAAAGGAUAAAGAGAGCGGGGGGAAUAACAGACAGGAAAGAGGAGGGAGGGAAACUCGCUUACGGUGGGAACUUGAUGGAUUUGUGCCGUGCGGACAGGAGCGCGGAGUGAGAGCCCCGGCCGGCUGGAUGGAUGAUGGGAAUCUCACCAUGAGGCAGAUAGCUGAUCAGCUUCCCUGGAUUUCGCUGACACCACAGGAAAGCUUUGCCUGAAGAUGGAAACACUGGAGUCAGAACUGACCUGCCCUAUCUGUCUGGAGCUGUUUGAAGACCCGCUGCUGCUGCCUUGCGCUCACAGCCUCUGCUUCAACUGCGCGCACCGCAUCCUGGUCUCCCACUGCGCCACCAACGAGCCGGUGGAGUCUAUCACCGCCUUCCAGUGCCCGACCUGCCGCUAUGUCAUCACCCUCAGCCAGCGCGGUCUAGACGGGCUCAAGCGCAACGUCACCCUGCAGAACAUCAUCGACAGGUUUCAGAAAGCCUCGGUCAGCGGGCCCAACUCCCCCAGCGAGACCCGCCGCGAGCGGGCGUUCGAUAACAGCAGCAUGUCGUCCUGCGAGAAGGUGCUGUGCCAGUUCUGCGACCAGGACCCUGCCCAGGAGGCGGUGAAAACCUGCGUUACCUGCGAGGUGUCCUACUGCGAGGAGUGCCUGAAAGCCACCCACCCCAACAAGAAGCCGUUCACCGGCCACCGGCUCAUCGAGCCCAUCCCGGACUCUCACAUCAGGGGAUUAAUGUGCUUGGAGCACGAGGACGAGAAAGUUAACAUGUACUGCGUGACUGAUGACCAGUUAAUCUGUGCCUUGUGUAAACUGGUCGGGCGACACCGUGACCAUCAGGUGGCAGCUUUAAGUGACCGCUACGACAAGCUAAAGCAAAAUUUGGAGAGUAACCUCACCAACCUUAUUAAGAGAAACACUGAACUGGAAACUCUUCUGGCAAAACUCAUUCAGACCUGUCAACAUGUAGAAGUAAAUGCAUCCCGCCAAGAAACCAAGCUGAUGGAGGAGUGUGACCAACUCAUUGAAAUAAUCCAGCAAAGACGGCAAAUAAUUGGCACCAAAAUCAAAGAAGGAAAGGUGGUGAGGCUGAGAAAACUGGCUCAGCAGAUUGCGAACUGCAAGCAGUGCAUUGAGCGCUCGACAUCGCUCAUCUCUCAGGCUGAGCAGUCACUGAAGGAGAAUGACCACGCUCGCUUCCUGCAAACUGCUAAAAACAUCACUGAAAGGGUUUCCAUGGCAACUGCAUCCUCCCAGGUUCUAAUUCCUGAAAUUAACCUCAAUGAUACUUUUGAUACUUUCGCACUUGAUUUUACCAGGGAGAAGAAAUUGUUGGAAUGCCUUGACUACCUUACAGCUCCCAACCCCCCCACCAUUCGAGAAGAGCUCUGUACAGCCUCUUAUGACACCAUUACUGUGCACUGGACAUCAGAUGAUGAGUUCAGUGUGGUCUCUUACGAGCUGCAGUACACCAUCUUCACUGGACAAGCCAACGUUGUUAGUUUAUGCAACUCAGCCGACAGCUGGAUGAUUGUUCCUAAUAUCAAACAAAACCACUACACGGUGCACGGGUUGCAGAGUGGCACCAAGUACAUCUUCAUUGUCAAGGCCAUUAACCAGGCUGGCAGCAGGAGCAGCGAGCCUGGCAAGCUCAAGACAAACAGUCAGCCAUUUAAACUGGACCCCAAAUCUGCUCACAGGAAAUUGAAAGUGUCUCACGAUAACUUGACGGUGGAGCGGGAUGAGACGUCGUCCAAGAAGAGCCACACGCCGGAGCGGUUCACGAGCCAGGGCAGCUACGGCGUGGCUGGCAACGUCUUCAUCGACAGCGGGCGGCACUACUGGGAGGUGGUGAUUAGCGGGAGCACCUGGUAUGCCAUUGGCAUUUCCUACAAGUCAGCACCGAAGCACGAGUGGAUUGGCAAGAAUUCAGCCUCCUGGGUGCUCUGCCGCUGCAACAACACGUGGGUGGUGCGGCACAACAGCAAAGAGAUCCCCAUCGAGCCCGCGCCCCACCUGCGGCGCGUCGGCAUCCUGCUGGACUACGACAACGGCGCCCUCGCCUUCUACGACGCCCUCAACUCCCUGCACCUCUACACUUUUGACAUUACCUUUGGCCAGCCAGUGUGCCCCACGUUCACAGUCUGGAAUAAAUGCUUGACCAUUAUAACUGGCUUGCCUAUCCCUGACCACCUAGACUCCUCCGAGCAGCUGGCGUGACUGCUAAAAGCCAAAAGGUAGGAUGGCACAUCUUCCCAGGGACACAUCUUCCCAGGGACACAUCUUCCCUGGGACACAUCUUCACAGGGACACAUCUAUCCAGGGACACAUUACCCAGGGACACUUCUUCCCAGGGCAGCCAGGCAGUACCACCAGGAGCGUACCCAGACAAGUGGCAUCCCAGACAAUGCUGCCGAAUUGGGGAAAAACUGACAAGGAGAGAAAAAUCUCUUCCUGUGUAUUUUGUACUGAAGAACAGGAAGUGGCUUUAAUAAUUUCUUAGAAUUUUUUUUUUUCAGUUGGUUUUGUUUGGUUGGUUUUGUAUUUCAUCUCUUACAGGAAGAUUUAUAAAUUAUUUAUAAAAAUAGAAAAAAAAAGAGAGAAAAGUGAAAGCUUAGUAUGGACACCUGGAAAAUUACUUCUUGCUGUUUUGGGGGGGGUUUUUUGCACAUUAGCGGUCCUGUUAAUUAAAGUUUCAUCAGCCUUUCGAAUAAUUUUAUUUUACAGUGGAUAAUAUCAGGAAAUUGGAAAGAUGAAAACUGCACGGUGGACAAGUCAGUAUACUGCAGGUUUUACUUGUACCAACAUUAGUGGUCUCAUUACCAGCCUUGUUGAGUGUGAGAUCUCCCAAUUUCUGCUUUGCACAUGGGAGUGUGCAGACCAAAAGAACAAAAAUAAGCAAGCAAGGAAGUGGAGCUUGCCAACACAGCAAAAGAAUAAAGUUUAAUUUACUUCUGUUCACAGGGCAGUGCUCUCUCAGUUCAUAAAAAGCAUGUGGAAUAUCUCCUAGAAAUGUGAGUGGAUAAAUCAUCUGGUGAUUUAUUUUAUUGAUGGCAAUAUUCCCAUCUACCAGUGCUUCGCUUUUUUCUUUGGGAAACAUUUUAGAAUCACUGAGGAUGUGGAAGACCGAUAGCAUCUCUGAGAAUCAGCAACACUGGAGGAGAACAGCUAAUCCAAGGUCUGACUGUAGACUAAUCUGAUAAAGCACGGCACCAUUUAAGGAUUGAUUGAUUGAUUGAUUGAUUGAUUGAUUGUAAUAGAAGAUGUCACAGUUCUGAUGGUAGACACGUGAAUGCUCAUUGCUGAUUUUACAAGGUUCAACAUAGCAAGCCCAGCCAACAACUCGGAAGUGAGACAUGCGCCACUUUACCACUGAUUUUAAAUUAAAUACAAAUGUUUCAUUGUCAUGCACUGUGUGGUGUCUGUCACAAAGCAAGGAAAUCUGUUUCACAUGUGCUGUAUGGAGGAACACUGCAGCUGGAGUUUGCUCAUAGUUAGCAUUGUCCCAGGUUGUUUGGGAAAGCACAGCUCGCUUUGUGAAUGAAAAGUAAAGAGUAACCUCUCAGCAGCAGUAGAAGUCUGCAUAGAGAGAUCCUAUGCUCAUCCUGGUGUGAAGGCAAUAGAGGUUGUAUGUACUUUAUCUCAGAGCUGAAUCAGGUGCAUUUUUUUUUCCUCUUUCCCUUUACAGAUAGAAGCUUUUUGUAAUUAUUGCAAUGCUUAUGUAUAAAUGAUCAUUUUGGGUGAUGCUUGAGGCAUAUGACAAUUUUAAAAGAAUGGUUUUCCUACAGUGUUUUGUUGUUACUAUGCAAGUGGUGAAAAUCUGCCUGUGUAGAGAAAACGUAAAUUGGAUAUCAGCUUUAAAAAUUUGCUCAGUAAUUUAUAACCAUGCUUUAGGUGUCUUUUGAAAAAGAUGUCUUAAUGCACUUUGUUCAGUAGUGGGUCCAGGAAAAAAAAUGGUCCCAAGCUCAGCUUCAGAUUUUUUAAAUACUGAUUCUCCAGGUACAAAUCUCUACUGCAGUUUGCCUUAUGAUUAUAUCAAAAAUUUAUGAACAAGAUGAGGAGAAUAUGUACAUGUCCAUUUGUUUGUUUGCGGUUUUUUUAAUAGAAAAUAAAUGUCUUUCCAUGUUUCUUUUAUUUCCCUUUAUAUGUCCUGCUAACUGCUGAAUUAAAUGGAGAAAAAUCUGGCAGUACACUGCUGAUGCCAUGGCUUUCAGCUAGGCAACAUCCCAUAGUUCACAGAUAGGAGCCACUGAUCUUUCCCAAGUAGGCAUAAAAGGGCAAAGUGUGUACACAUAGUGAACCUCAGUGUUUAUCAUAGUGUCAUUAAUAAUCAAUAAACAUACACCCUCAAAAAUGAAAAAGUAAUUCAGUCCCCAAGCAUUACAUUUUAAAAUUGAGUACAAUGUUACUGGUACAAUCUGAUAUACAAUGCCCAGAUGAUCUGGCCUGGGGUGUUUGGGAGCUAGCUGAGAUGGUAUGAAAAUUUUGAAUAUGAAUUGACAGAAGAUGUCUGAUGCAAAGCACUGAUAAAAGGAUGCAUGAAGAAAAUACUUUUAUUCUAGGGUUAUAGCCAAGUUUCUGCCUAAAAGGAAUGAGUGAAUUACCAAAGUACAUGUAGGAAGGCUCUGUAUCUUCUCUUUUGCUAGAAGUAUUAGAUCUAGAAGCUGAUUUCAGUAGUGGAGAAACUGAAAACACUGCUCAGUGUUUGGUUAUACAAUGUUGGCAGAGAUUGAUGGAAAUAACGGAUGGAAAUAAUACCAUGAAUUUGGAGAGGCCCCAAAUGAUUUCACAUAUUUUCAUUGUAAAGAUAGAGCAUGAGUCUAGAGACAGAUCAUGGUUUUGGCCAAAGGAAAAAGGAUGGUCUGUUAUCUACAGACCGUGCUGCAUCAUCUUUGUUUUAACACAGAAUUCAUUUGGAGCUAAGCCACAUUUCUCCAAUGUGCUAUUAACUCAGUCAGUUCUCUUUGUGCAUAUAUGUUUGUGUAUAUAUGUACACACAAGUAUGGGUACACACACACCAGCAUAGCACAAAUACAGUGUGUAAUUUGUGUAUACACAUCCAUAUGUAUAUACACAUACAAAAUGACAACAAUUAGUCAGGUGUUCAUUUUUUGCUUGUUUCUUGGACAAUUUCGUAUUCUGUAUGACAAUGAGGAAACAAGUUUGCUAUGAACAGUAUUCUUCUGGACAUUUUUUAACAAACAAAAUCUGUUUAUUUUACAAUACUUGAUUCAAUGCCUGAUUAACCAAUAAAAACUUGCAUUUGAAAAUGUA